UUGUUACCUUUCUAUUUCUCGGUUCCCCUAUUUAUUUGUGUUCCUCCAGUUCCUCUGUAACCCGUGUUUCCACUUGGGCGCCGUCACCAGCUCCCCAAAGAAACCCUAACCCCCAAAUCCCCAAUCUCUCUAUCUGAGACGCCUCCAUCCACCCACAAAAUGGGGAGAAAACGAAAGCUCGACGCCAACAACACCGAGUCCUCCGAGCCCUCCAAGAAACAACAACCGGUCGUUGAAGAAGAGGAACCCAAACCCCAAAACGAACCAGCAGAGGAAGUAGUCGAAGAAGAAGAAGAGGAAGAAGUUGAAGAAGAAGAAGAGGAGGAAGAUGAACAGGAAGAAGACAAAGAAGAUGAAGGAGAGGAAGAGGAAGAGGACGAGGAUGAAGAAGAACCUGGUGUUGAGUAUAAGCAAAACGAGAACGUGACGACGACGUCCACGUCGGCAGCUUCGGAUCUGGCCGGUGACGGUGCCGACGAGGACGAGCCGAUCCAGAAUCUUCUAGAACCCUUCAGCAAGGACCAGCUUAUUGCCCUGCUCCGCGAAGCAGCCGAUACGCAUGGUGACGUAUCUGAUCGGAUCCGUAAGGUUGCAGAUGAGGACCCGAUCCACCGCAAGAUCUUCGUCCACGGGCUCGGAUGGGACACCAACGCCGAAACCCUAACCAGCGUGUUUAAGGAGUACGGUGAGAUUGAGGAUUGCAAGGCUGUGUGCGAUAAGGUCUCUGGUAAGUCCAAGGGUUAUGGCUUCAUUCUUUUCAAGACUCGUUCUGGGGCUCGAAAAGCCCUAAAGCAGCCGCAGAAGAAGAUCGGCAAUCGUAUGACUGCGUGCCAGCUGGCGGCUAUUGGCCCAGGCCCGGCUCCGAGUGCUGCUGCCGCUGUGCCUGUGGCGGUCCAGGCGGCCCAGUCACAGACAGUGUCGGAGUACACGCAGAGGAAGAUCUAUGUGAGCAAUGUUGGGGCUGACUUGGAACCCCAGAAGCUGCUGAUGUUCUUUUCUAGGUUUGGAGAAAUUGAGGAAGGGCCACUGGGGCUUGAUAAGAUGACUGGGAGGCCUAAAGGAUUUUGUUUGUUUGUGUAUAAGUCGCCAGAGAGUGCAAAGAGGGCAUUGGAAGAGCCGCACAAGAAUUUUGACGGCCACAUUUUGCAUUGCCAGAAGGCUAUUGACGGUCCAAAGCCGGUCAAGUCUCAGCACCCGAACCAGCACCACCACAAAUCCCAUAAUUCCAAGUUUCAGAGGAAUGAGAAUCCGGGUUAUGUUGGUGGAGCUGCCGCAGGAAUGGGGCAUUUGAUGGCGCCAGCAAGUGGUGGGAUUGGGUUUAACCAGGGUGCUGCGGCUGCCCAGGCAUUGAAUCCGGCACUUGGGCAGGCACUGACUGCAUUGUUUGCGACUCAAGGGGCUGGUUUGGGGCUGACAAACCUUUUGGGAACUUUUGGAACGGCUCCGAAUGUGAACCCGGGUGUUCCUGGAGCUGGACAUGCCAUACAGGGUGGGUAUGCGAAUCAGGCAAGUAUAAGCCCUGGAAUGAUGGGAAGCUAUGGAAAUCAAGGUGCAAUGCAAGGUGGCUACCCGACCCCGCAGAUAGGACAAGGUGGUUCAGGAAGAGGGCAGCAUGGUGUUGGGCAAUCUGGUGGCGCUCCUUACUUGGGGCAUUAGGUGCCCCUGAGAUCCCAAAUAGGUGCAUCAGUGUUUUUGUACUGGUCUGGUGAUUCUUCUGAAGUUUAAAAGGAGCUGAUGGUUACUACAAAGAGCAGAAUCUUAAAACUGUCAAAUGAAAUUUCUGUUUUCCUUCCCCUUUCUGUCUUUUCCUUCUUCAAAGUACUGUAGUUUUUUUAAUUUUAUUUGUUUGAAAGCUCAAGAGUUUGAGAAAUUCUCUUAUAAACCUAUCUGUAUUUUAUGGAGUCGCGAGGUUGAACAAAAAUACUUUUUAAAUUCCCAAUCCUAUGGAUUAAAUGAACUUUAUAAUGUAGUUUUUCUUCUGCAAUGCUCAUUGUUAACUUUGUUUAUUAAUGCUCUUUUAUUGUUUUUUAUUGGUUUUGAAUAAUUUUCUUGUAUUUAACACCACAAUUUUAUCAUCUAUAGUAUAUUUGAUGGAUCUUUCUAAACUAUGUUUUUGUCAGCUCUAAAUGGUACUGAAUGGUGCCCUAUGUGUCAUGAUAUUUUUGUGUGAAACAUCAGACCUCUUACUAUUCGCUUUAGAUGAUAACAUGAUCUUAUUGUUUACUGUAGUCCUUUUGGCAGGUAAUGUGAUGCAGGUUGUGAGGCCAUAGAAACUCUGUUGUUAGGUUUUUUAGAGUUUUGAAGUAGGAGCUGUGAUCAGUUUUCAAGUAAAUGCUUCUUAAUAUAAAAGUUGGUCAUCUGUCCAUGGGUAUAGAGCUUGUAGCUGAAUAUAGAAUAAUGGUGUGGUGGAGCUGGUGUUUAUGUUCAGUUACCAACUCUAAUAUCAUAAUCUUAAUACCCAUGAGUGAAACAAAGUUCAUUGACUUCAGGAUUGUUGAUAGUUCUCACAAAAUAAUUGAUAGGCUUCGUGGAAUGGAGGUAAGACAAUGAACUUAAGAUAUUGCUGUUUUUUGCUGUUUAUUUUUUUGUUAAAAGAAGCUUGUCCGGCACCAUUGGUUUCAAAAUACAUUUAAAGUGAUUUGGUCUGGUUGGGACAGGAUUCGCACUCGCAAUCUUCAGGUUAUGAUGGGGUUGAUGAGUUGACCAAUCCUAUAUCCCAUGCCUUCUCCCUUCCCCACUCCCUUUCUCUCAUUAGUUCUACUCAGGUCUACCCCUUACCUCUCCUUCUUUACUCUUGCAUGGUCGGGAUAUCCAGCUGAACUUCCGAAAUUAGUGUCUUUUUGUUAAGUAACACUAGUUUUGCAUUGAUAAAUUUUGGGUCAGCAGAACAAUGGACUCAUGUUCUGCUUGCAUAUAUAGAAGUCAAUUGAACUUCCUUAAUCGAAGGUCUUUCUAAAGCUGCUUUGCAAUCUCAUCCUUGGUUGUUGAACCUAACAGAGGUUCAAUCCAUGGAUCCACUGUAAAAGUAAAACUUCGGAUAUGGUACGGGAACUACUUGACGAUAGUUGCCGUUUUCUCAAGCAAGAUUUGUAAUCAUGUAUCUGUGUUCUUGUCCUAGCGAGUGAAGAUCACAUGUGGAUGUUUUGAAUGAGCGGUGCCCAAGUGACCGCAACCCUUGUACAUGCCGGAAUUCACAUCCAGGGAGUCGGUUUUGCUCACAGUAUUGAACGGUCACCCAAUUACUAUUACUUAAAUGUGCAAACGUUGUUAAGAGUCUUGGCUUGCCGCCAUUGAAUAUUUCUGUUCUGGAUUUUGUCAGAGGGUUGUAUUCUGGGCUAGAAUGUUAGAUGUUGGAAAGAUGUGAAAGCUGGUCUAUUGAAAAUUCUCUACAGUUGUGAUAAGAGCUUCAUGCAUGAUUAGAAUAUCGGGUUGUUCACUGCAAUUUUGAAAUAUUUAUAGUUUCACUUUGGUUGCAUUUGUACCUUUGGAUGUGAAAGUAAAAGAUUGUUAUGAUA